AUGAAGCCGAUUCCCCUAGAUGUCGCGUGGCACAUCUUCAACCAUAGCGAACCCCACGUCCAGUCCCAUUUCGCACGAUGCUCGCACGCUUGGCAUUCGUUCUUCAACCCCAAGCUGUACCGGCACGAUGUCACGAACGGUCAGUAUUCCGCCGUCUUUGAGACGAUUGCCCACUGUACAGACACGCGCGUGGCCCUCGCCACACUUGAGCAUACCCGCCGAGCCGGCGCUGACUACAAUAAACCGACGACCAUGUACAUGACCGAAGCCCAACAGCCCAGCCCUUUUCUCGUCACGGCCCUGUACCUGGCCGCUUCGAAAGGCUAUGCUGAGAUCGUUUCGUUUCUCCUCGAUCACGGUGCGGAUAUCGACGGGGUCCCGGACUGCCGGCUACGCACUCCCGUCUUCCUAUCUCUUCUUAGCCGGGAUGCGGAGACAUCGAUGGUCCUCCUUCGGCGUGGCGCACGCCUCGAGUCUCCCGAGUUCGGAAUCAAUGCGCUCCACCAAGCGGUCGCUGCGGGACUGACCGAAGUCAUCACCUAUCUGAUCGACGAGAGAGGACUGGGUGUGGACCAGGUCGACAGCAACGGGGACACGCCGCUGAUCCACUCACUGUUGUCACCGUCGCCGGAGACGGUCAUAGCUCACCUGGCACGAUUCGGGGCGGACGUCAACCAGCCGACGACGAUCGACACGUGGCGCAUGACGCCCUUGAGUAUGGCGUGCGAAGACGGCAUGUUCUCCGCAGCCCUGUCACUUCUGGAAGCCGGAGCGGAUGCCACCGGCGAGUCGGACGGCUUGGUGGAGGGGGCCGACCCCGCGCUCCGUAUCUAUGACCAGAAGCCGCUCGAGUUGGCACUGCUGGCUCGGUCCAAGCAAACAAACGGGAGGACGGCGGCAGUAAAAGAACGGCUCAUCAAGCGUCUCGUCAAGUCAGGCGCCGACCCUUACCUGGACACUCUCCACGUGCCACGGAGACCCCGUUACGGCGUCGAUCUUGUUGCGGCGUGGUGCCAAGAUGGACGAAGAAGUGUUGUGCACCGUCAUCGACAAGCUGGUGCGGCUGGCGGAUGCGCGAGACCAUUGGGGUGUGAUCAGUCUCCUGACGCGAGAGCCCAAGCUGUUGAGGAUCUUCCAUGUGUUGUAUUCGCACUGCUUUUGGGCGGCAUCAAGAAGCGGCGAUGCGGUGGCAACGCGAUUUCUGCAGGAUUCGCCGAGGUCCAUCGUGCGUAUGGUUACGGAGAUGCUAAAACACGGGAUCAGUCUGAGUAA